AAAUUUCUCUUAUUUUUAUACUUAAAGGGGAAUUUGUUAUUUUGAAUAAUUUGGGGUAAAAUUAUUUUGAAUAAACCUCAGGGGAAAUUGAAAAUUUGGAAGCUACUAACUCAGAAUGUACACUCAUUCUGCCGCUCAACUCAAAGCCUUUUAACGCGUCCGGCCCCAGCCGAACCAGAGCCGCCAUCCCUCGUUGUUGAGCAAACGCACUCACCUACUGUUCAUUGCGUCCCUCUGUUUCGCCACCGCCGGAUUUGAAAAAGGGAAAAAAAGAAAAAAGAAAGAAUGGUAAAUUUCUCAACUUGAUAAAAUCUUUUGAAAGUAAAUUUUAUAUGGGAAAGAGGUAAUGAACAGCUUCAAAGCCCCAUCAUCUCCCUCAUUUUCAACAGUUCUGACGAUAAAGAAAUGUCUCCUUCAAGGUGUAAACUCUCUGAAACAACUCAAGCAAGCUCAUGCGCUCCUUCUUCACUUUGGUCUCAAUGAAAACAACUAUCUGCUCAACAUGAUCUUACGCUCAAGCUUCCAUUUUGGUGACACAGACUACAGCUACCUCAUCUUUAAACAAUCCAAAGAACAUAACAUAUUUUUAUGGAAUACCAUGAUUCGAGGAUUUGUUUCUAAGGAAUGCUUCCAACAAGCCAUUGAGUUUUACAAUUAUAUGCGCAUGGGCGGAUUCUUUCCCAAUAACUUCACGUUUCCUUUUGUUUUGAAGGCAUGUGCCAGGCAACUGGAUUUCCAAUUAGGUGUAAAGAUUCAUACGCUUAUUGUAAAAGCUGGUCUUGAUUAUGAUGUGUUCGCUAAAACCAGUUUGCUCAGUUUUUAUGCCAAAUGUGGCUAUUUGGAAGAUGCACUUAAAGUAUUUGAUGAUAUUCCGGAGAAGAAUACUGUUUCUUGGACUGCAGUUAUUAGUGGGUAUAUCAGUGAUGGGAAGUUUAGAGAGGCGAUCGACAUGUUUAGCAGGUUGCUGGAGAUGGGUGUGAGACCCGAUGAUUUUAGCCUUGUCAAAGUUUUGAAUGCUUGCAGUAGAUUAGGGGAUUUGAAUAGUGGAGACUGGAUUGAUAAAUACAUAAAAAAAGCUGGCAUGGGAAAGAAUGUCUUUGUAGCUACUGCUUUGAUGGACUUGUAUGUUAAGUGUGGGAACAUGGAGAAAGCAUGCUGUGUCUUUGAUGGGAUGCCUGAGAAGGAUAUAGUUUCUUGGACUACCAUGAUUCAAGGUUAUGCAUCAAAUGGGCAGCCAAAAGAAGCCUUAGAUCUGUUUUUUAAAAUGCAGAGAGAAAAUUUGGAACCUGAUCGAUAUGUUAUGGUUGGGGUUCUCUCUGCUUGUGCAAGAUUAGGAGCGCUAGAAUUGGGGGAGUGGGCUAGCAAUUUGAUGAACAAAAAUGAGUUUCUUUCUAAUCCAGUCCUUGGUACUGCAUUGAUCGAUAUGUACUCAAAAUGUGGGAGCAUGGCUCAAGCAUGGGAAGUAUUUCAGAGGAUUAAGGAUAAGGAUCGAGUGGUUUGGAAUGCUGUCAUAACUGGCCUUGCAAUGAAUGGAUAUGAAAAAGAUGCAUUAGGGAUCUUUGGCCAAGUUGAGAAAUGUGGGAUUCAACCUGAUGAGAAUACUUUUGUUGGUUUGCUUUGUGCAUGUACUCAUGCCGGUCUUGUUCAUGAGGGUCAUAAGUUAUUCAAUAGCAUGAGUACUGUCUAUUGUGUGUCUCCUACAAUUGAGCAUUAUGGAUGUAUGGUGGAUCUUCUUGGUCGAUCAGGUCUCUUAGAAGAAGCUCACCAGUUGAUCAAAAGCAUGCCAAUGGAGCCUAAUGUUAUUGUUUGGGGAGCCUUGCUGGGUGGAUGCAGGUUGCAUAAAAGUACCAUCUUGGCUGAACAUGUACUAAAGCAGUUGAUUGCCUUAGAACCAUGGAAUUCUGGAAAUUAUGUGCUCUUGUCAAACAUAUAUUCAGCUAAUCACAAGUGGGAUGAUGCAGCAAAAAUUCGGUCAGAUAUGAACAAAAGAGGAAUACAGAAGAUUCCAGGUUGCAGUUGGAUUGAAGUAGGUGGCGUUGUUCAUGAGUUCCGAGUAGGCGACAAGCUACACCCCUUGUCAGAGAAGAUAUAUGCAAAACUCGAUGAGUUAGGUAAGAAAAUGAAAGCAGCUGGUUUUGUUCCGACAACUGAUUAUGUACUGUUUGAUAUAGAAGAGGAAGAAAAGGAGCAUUUCCUGGGAUGUCAUAGUGAGAAGCUGGCUCUUGCAUUUGGUCUCAUUAGUACAGCACCAAAUGACACGAUUCGAAUCGUAAAAAACCUUAGAGUAUGCGGCGAUUGCCAUGAGGCGAUAAAACUCAUUACAAAGAUUACAGGUAGAGGUAUAAUUGUUAGAGAUAAUAACAGAUUUCAUUGUUUUAGUGAUGGUUUCUGUUCAUGUAAAGAUUUUUGGUGAAAUAAGCUCAUACUUGGUAUUUUCAAAG